UUCUAUUUUCUAUUUUCUAAAUCCAUACAAAUUUUAUUGUAGGGAACGACUAUAAAUGUGGAUCGUUAAGUUUUUUUUUUUGGAGCGAACAUUUUGGAUCUUGAGUCUUGACGAUGACAGACAGCUAUCGGAUAUGGCAGAGGAUAUUUCUCCCACACUGUACGGCCACGUCACCAUUGCAUGUCUGUUAGAAUUUCUGUUAUCCAACUGUUUGUAUAAAAGCCACACCGAAGCGUUCCAAGCUUCCAUGGCCCUGCAAUUGCAAAUGGGAAGUUAUGAGUCCGCUGAGUUGGUACCGGGUUUGCCUGAAGAGAUCGGCCUUGAUUGCUUGACUCGGGUGCCUUACACGGCUCAUGGAAACGCAUCCCGAGUCUGCCGGCGAUGGAACGAGCUGCUACAAAGUAAGGAGUUUUAUCACCAUAGAAAGAAAUCUGGGCAUACCCACAAAGUCGCUUGCUUGGUGCAAGCUCUUCCUGGUGCAAACGAGUCUUCCACUGAGCGAAAACGAGGUAACCCACCGAGUUAUGGGAUCACCGUAUUUGAUCCAGUGGGUACAGGGACUUGGGAGCGACUCGACCCGGUUCCCAAAUACCCAGAUGGGCUGCCUCAGUUUUGCCAACUGGCAAGCUGUGAAGGCAAACUGGUUGUGAUGGGUGGCUGGGACCCUGUGAGUUACAAUCCGGUCACCGACGUUUUUGUGUACGAUUUCACGACGAAUCAGUGGCGACAAGGCGCGGACAUGCCUGCGAAGCGCUCGUUCUUCGCGACCGGCGCUUAUGAGGGCCGAGUCUGCGUAGCGGGCGGGCAUGACGAGUACAAGAACGCUUCGAGAUCGGCGUGGGUUUACGAUUUGAGGCGCGACGAGUGGAAUGAGUUGACUCAACUGAGUCAGGAGCGAGAUGAGUGCGAAGGAACUGUGAUUGGGGACGAGUUUUGGGUCGUCAGCGGGUACGACACGGAGAGCCAAGGGGUGUUUGAAGGAAGUGCUGACGUGUACGCAUUCGGGUUGGGUGGGUGGAGGCGGGUGGAUGGGGUUUGGGAGCCGGGUCAGUGUCCAAGAUCAUGUGUUGGGGUGAGGAGAGAUGGGAAAUUGGUGAGUUGGGCUGAGUCGGACUCGGCGGUCCGAGUUGGGACUUGUGGGGUUAUGUUGGGAGCGCGGACACUAGUGACAGGGUCGGCCUGCCAAGGUGCGCCACAAGGGUUGUAUAUGGUAGAAAUGGAGAAAGAUGAGAAAAAUGGUAAAUUGGCGAGGAUUAGUGUGCCCCGUGAAUUUUCUGGCUUUGUUCGAUCUGGCUGUUGGGUGGAGAUAUGAUCAAAUCUGUGUAUCAGAGUUGUGGGAAUAUGUUUUUGUUUUUUUUAUGUUUUACACUUUUUCUUGUAAUAUAGAGAAUUUAGAAGGGUAUGUAUGUUGAUAUUAAGUGAACAACAUGUCAACAACGUCCUUCCCCCUCUUCCCCUAAUUGCUUGGGCCACAUGAUACAUGCAUCUUACAUCUACUAGAAACUCAGAGACAGAACAUUGAGGGGCUGCGAAUUAUUUGAAGAAAGAACUCGAAGGCAUCUUCCUCAGCACUCCCAAAAUAUGUUUAAUUGCACUCCACUAAGCAUUAUUAAAUUAAUGUAGGUGAUCAAGGUAUAUCCUCUUCUCUUCCGGAAAUAACGUGGGGAUAAGGUCGAGGUUCUAUAACUUCUAUUACAUGGAAAUUAUAUCUUAUUUUAGAUUAA